AUGGGGGAUGCUCAGCGCAAGGAGCUGAGCGCAUUCUUCUCGUUCUUCGCCUCUUUCGACCUCACGCGCCCGGUGACAACCGUCGCUGACCUCUCGGACGGCGCUGCCCUCUUCGAAGUCCUGUCCGUCGUAGAUGGGGACUACUUCCGCCAACCAUCGCGGCCGUCUGCGCAGCCGUCGGACAACUGGGUCCUUCGGUUCAGCUCGUUGAAACGCCUCUACCGGCUCAUGACCCAGUACUUCUCCGAUGUCCUACACCAACCCACCACCGCGCUCGCAGUGCCUGACCUGCAGGGUGUUGCGCAGGACUAUAACGUCCCGGCGACCCUCAGCAUGUGCCGGCUCACCAUCGCCAUCGCCGUGCAAUGCGAGAAUAACAUGCCCAUCAUCGAGAAGAUACAGAGCCUGACGGAGUCGGAGCAGCACUCGCUCAUGCGUGUGAUCGAGCAAACCAUGGCGAAAGUGAAGGCCUCAGGGGAGACGAGCACAGGCGAUGUCAGCAUGACCGAGGACGACCGCUACUAUGUCUUGCAGUCCGAGCGGAGCAAGAUACUCUCAGAGAAGGAGACUUUGGAGAAAGUGUACCAGACUCUCCUGGAAGAGCAUCGGACGCUGCAGACGACUUAUGACGAUGCUGUCUCAGAGAAGGACGAAGCGGUCGCUCAGCUGCGGCAAGCACAACGCGAGGCGGAUAACAAGCGGGGCGACAGCCGUGGAGACGCCAUCAUGCGGGCAGAGAUCGACCGCCUUCGGACUGAGCUCCAGAAGAGUGAGGAUAACUUGGCCAUGGCAGAAGCGGAGCUGGAUAAGCAGACGCACCUCGUCACGGACCUUACGCGCAGAUGCGACGAACUGCAGGGCAAGGCAGACGAGGCAGCUCGCCUGAAGGACCAAGUUGACGAGUACCGACAUGCUGCGGACAAGCUGCAGAAGACGGAAAACGUAAUGGAGAAGUACAAGAAGAAGCUCCAAGAGGGCGCAGAUCUCCGGCAGCACGUCAAGGCACUCGAGAAGCAGAACGCCGACCUCGUCGACAAGAAUGCCUCCCUUGAGGAGGAGUACCGCAAGGUUGCUGCCUUCAAGCCGCUUAUGGACUCCUACAAGACUCAGAUCGCCGAGCUCGAGACGAAGAUGUCCGCGCGCACUAAAGAGCUUGACGCGGUCAAGUUUGAUCUCGACCAGACGAAAACAAAGCUCAAGGUCACCGAGGAGGAGCGCGCGAAGGACUCGGAGACGCUCGAACUCUACCAGGAGCGCGUGCGCGAGCUAGAGCUCUCCUCGCAGGCGCGCCCACCAGCCGCGAAGAGCGCCCGUGCAGAGGGCGAGGAGGGCGGCAACAUGGCGGAUAUGACUGAAGACGAGCUCAUAGCCCGCGGGGCGGCAGGAGGGCAGGAAGGCGAAGACGACGAUGUCCAGGGCCUGGGUGACGAGCUGGACUCGGCGAUCUCGGGCACGACGAUGACGGACCUCAAGCUGCAGGUGCGGAAACUGCAGAGAGAGCUGGAGGCGGUCAGGAAGAACGAGGCGGAUGCAAGCCGCGUUCUCGUGCUUGAAAACCUGCUAGACGACGCGAACCGCAUGAAGGCUCGAUAUGAGGCUGACUACUUGGGCGCGCAUAGAGAACAGCUCGUUCUGCAGCAGAAGCUGGAGGAGAUCAGAAGCGGCAAGUCCAUGGGCGACGGAGCCGAAGCCGCGAUCGCUCUUCGCCAGCGCUUGAACGAGACCGUAGAGCAACUAGACGCGCUGCGCAAAGAGCACACCGAAAUCGAGGUCAAGUUCGAGGCCAUAAACAAAGAACUGACCAUCGCCAAGUCGGAUCUCACUUUGGUCAACAAGGACCAGCUCGAUAUCCUCGCCACUCUCCGUGAGUCCGUCAACGAAGACAAGGCGGAGAUGGAGAGCGAGAUACAACGGCUCAAGGACCAGAUCAAGGAGCUCUCGGACAAGAACCGGAUGCAGCUCGAGCAGGUCAACGGCUUGCUCCUCGAGAAGGUCAGUCUCCAGAGCGAGGGCAUCGAUCAGCGGGACCGGAUGCUCCAGCGCGAGCGUGCUAUUGGGGAUCUCCGCGCUUCGUUGUCCGGCAAAGAUGUGCCCGAGGACAUCAAGGCGCGUCUCCUGGCCCUGCACGAGGAGAACAUCCAGUCCAAGGAGCAACUCAGGACUACCCAAGACAAGCUCCUCAAAGCCCGCAACUUCAUCAAGGAGCAAGACAAGCUCUUCAAAGAAGAACACGCCAAGAAAGGCAUCACCGUACCUUCGGGCGCAUUCGACGAAGCCGAGGGUAGCUACCGCUCGCAGAUCAAGAUUCUCGAAGAGGAGAUGGCGCGCCUUAAGCGCCUCAUCGCCGAGCAGACAAAGCGGUACGCACGGGAGCAGACGCUUAUGCUCAGUAUCAUCCACGAUUAUGGCAUACGGCUGGCCCGGGACGCGCUCGGGAGCAAGCAACAGCAAGCACGCGGGCCGACGAGUUGGCUGGGUCAGCAACGGAAAAAUCUUGGUCAAACAUUACGUCGAUAA